UAUGGGCCUCCUCCCCCUAGUCCUCAACCUAUCACAGACUAUGGGACUCCUCCCCCUAGUCCUCAACCUAUCACAGACUAUGGGACUCCUCCCCCUAGUCCUCAACUUAUCCCAGACUAUGAGCCUCCUCCCCCUAGUCCUCAACCUAUCACAGACUAUGAGCUUACUUCCUUACUACUUUAUCGUCAUAGAAGUGGCAAUUCAUCUUUCAGAGAAGGACUCUGUAUUUUAGAUUCUUCCUCUGACAUAAACUCUUGGCAGAAGUGCGAUGUAUCUCUGUCUGGAACAGAAUCUCUUCACAGUCCUCCCUUCCAGUCUUAUGAAAUUAUUGCGCCCCGGAAGAGAAACGUCAGUGUCUCCCGCCUCAGAAGAAAAAAAAAACAUAACAAAGAUCCCCAGUGCAUUGCUUAUGUGAUUGAUUCCUCUGGCUACUUGUUAGGUCGACCUCCACCUGGUUCACUCACAGAAAAAGAAAUAAAAAAUGCAGCAGCUUCUACACCAGGAGUCAAUCAGGAUAAUACCAGGGAAAUGGAGCUGCAUGCAACAGCUGGUCCUUCCACCCUUCAGUACUCAUCCAGAGAUGAUGAUGAUGAUGAUGAUGAAGAUGAUUCAGAACCUGAUAAAUGUUAUCACAGAGAAAAAGAAAGGGAUGAGUCGUCUCGUAGCCUCUGGUUUGGCUGCCAGGACCGGGAAACUCGUACAUAUAGACUUGCUCAUUUUGGUUCUUCUCCUUUAUCGGAACCUUUCUUACAUCUUCCAAACAUAAAAGACACAGAUGAUGGUGGACCCAACUUCACUAACUCCAGUUCUACUGUCAGUAUACCGACCUGCUCUCAGUCCAUAGCCCCAAAUGUUGCUGCCCCUCCAUGUCCACAAGUCAGACCAGCAGUCAUCCAGGACUCAACUCUCUGCACUGAAAGAAGCAGAACACAAGAUGCACUUCAGUUUUUGUCUGUGUUUUCUGAAAGCGAACCAAUAGCUGGCAGUGAUGCUUUGAUGGAAAUGGAGGCACCUGUUACAGCUAUUCCUUCCAUCCUUCAGUACCUCAACAACCCCUAUGGAGACCAUGGUUAUGACAAUCUUCUAAGGUUAAUUGAGUAUGAGUCAUCUGAUAUGGCUAGCCUGAGCCAAUAUAGUGUAGCAAAUGAGUGUGCUGGCCAGAGCAGUCGCAUGUGUUCUGUUCAAUACGAUGAUUGUAGAUCUCCUUCAUUAGUCCCUUUCAUACAUUUUGCAAUAGAUGAUGAAGGCCCCAGCUUUUCUAACUCCAGUUCUACUGUCAGAAUACCAACCUGCUCUCUCCACCUGGAAAUGGAGUCAACUGUUACAGAUGUGUUCUACUCAGUCACAAACUCAGAUCCUGGUUGGAGUAGAAGAGACUCCGGCUGCCUGCCUCGUUCUCCCAGCAUGCCUUCACUGAGUCAAAUAACCUCUGAAAAGAACAAGACCUUAACACGAGCUUUAAGCUUACCUGACAUUCUGUUAAAAACCAGCUUUGAGGAGUUUACACCUGAUAUCACUGCUGAUGAGAGCGAUGAAACCUACAGGUUCCAGUGCUCCUGCCCAGGCCUGUACCAGUGCAGUGUGACCGGCCUGGUGUUCCACAUGGAGGGAGAAGGGAACGUGGUCUACAGGAUUGUCCCUUGGAACAGGAGGCUACUGGCCCAGCAUCACAAGAAGCCUGCAGGACCCCUGUUUGACAUCAAAUGUCUGCAGCAGUCGGUGUGUCAGCUUCAUCUCCCACACUGUGAGAUCCGCUCCACAGGUGGAUGUGAUUUCUUGUCAGUUGCUCAUGUGAACGAUGAGGGCAUUGAGUUUAUCAGCCCUCAUAGGAUAACAGAAACUCAUGUUAUUAUAAACAUCACAGGGUUUUCUAAUUUCGGUAAUGUCAAGGAUGAAGAUUCACCACCUGACCCGGUCCGAGCGCUGGUUCUGCUGUUCUACAGGCCCCCAGCUGACCCUGAUCCUGAAUCCCUCCUCAAUGUGUUGUUGCUACCGAGGAACGUUGUUCUCCGGGAUGUGCUGCGCAUCCGGAAGAAGUUAGGUGGAGAUGAGAGCUACAUAGAGACAUCCCCACACUGUAAACUGCACCCACAGCAGGAAUACUCUCUGUCCACUUGUCCUGAAGACGACUCAGUUCUAGUUCAACCAACAGAAGCAGAGUUUGACUGUGACAACUAUGACAACUUCUUCCCAUCAUUCCAGGUGAGCUUAGAAACAAUAAUGAAACACAUUAAGCUGUUUUUGAGGGACACCAACAGGUCCCACAGUGUCUGGGAAAGACGAGUUUGUCUAUCAUCCACCGGAGUAAGAAGGUCCUGUGGGCCGAGCGCUGUGAGUCUCCGUCCUGAUGACAGGCUGUUGGACAUACGGAGCAGCUUCAUCGAUGGGAUAUCAGGACCUGUUCUCAAAAGUCUGCUGGACAAACUGUUGGAGAAAAAGGUGAUGGCUGAUUCUGAGAGGGAGUCAGCGGACUCGAUGAAAAACACAAGAGACAAAGCUCGUUUUGUUGUCGACACAGUGAGGAAGAAAGGUGAAGCUGCUAGUUCAGAGAUAAUUGAGUUCCUCUGUGAGGCCGACCCGUUUCUCUGUAAACAUCUUGGGUUCAUCUGAAGCUAAAUGAACAGGUGAUGCAUUCAGUUUAACAGUAAUUUCUUCAAGAGACCAUGAACACAGUAGCCCAGUUUCUUCAUAAAAUAGUAUUUGUAUCUGAUCAAAUGUUAAAAUAUAAGAGCUAAAUAGUAGGCCUCUAAUAGUGCAGCUGGUUAGUUAAAUUGGGUUUCUGGUUGAUGAUGCUGUGUGAACUACUUUUUCUUCGGGGAAUCACCCUGAGCUGUUUUUACAGACUGAACAUGAGAGGAAACUGUGAGGAUGUUUAGAGCCACCUGCUGGCUGACAGGAGUUACUGUAAACUGUUGAUGCCAUUUUAUUUUACAGUAAGUUGGAGAUUAAGUAACUCUUGUUCACAAAAGUUCCAUUUGGUGGC